AUGAAACAUAUUAAAUCAGUUAAUAUUUAUCAUUUAAAACCUCAACAACAACAACAACAACAACAUAAUCAGAAUAGAUAUAAUAAUAAUAAUAAUAAUGAUCGUAGAAAUUUUAAUCAAAGACAACAACAAAAACAACAAGAUUUAUCACAAUAUAGUAUAACAAAACCUAAAGAGAUUGCAACUUUUAGUUAUGAUGAUGAUAAUAAUAGAUUCCCUUCAAUCAUUAAUGAAUUUAAAGAACCAAAACAAUUACCUAUAAACUUGGUAGAAGGAUUUGAUUUAAAAUCAAUGCCUUUAAAUAAUAAUCCUUCACCUCUUGAUCCAAUACUAGAUACUCUUGAAUCAAAUAAUAUAAAUUUGAGAGAUAUUGAUUUUAUAACAUAUAGAAAUAAUUUAAACAAAAUAUUUGGAUCUUAUAUAAACAAGGAUUCAUGGACAAUAGAUAUUGAAACAAAGAAUGAUAUUAUUCAUCUUGGUAUUGUAAUGGAUGCAAAGAUUGGUUAUAGUGAUGAAAAUCAUGCAAAAUCGAUAUACUCUGGUUUCAAGUUUGAAGAAUUGGCAACCUCUAGAGAAACAACUCUAAAGUAUUGUUCAAUUGUUAAAACUCGUUUGGCAAAUCAAUUUAAUAUCAUUUUGGCUGCUGAAAUUGAUUGUAUUGAAAAAGAGAAAAAAGAAAAUCAAGAAAAAGAAAAAGAAAAAGAUAAUUUAAAAAGAAAUAGAGAUGAAGAAGAACAAGAAAAAGAACGAGUUGAAAGAAAAUAUAUAGAAUUAAAAACAUAUAGAUUAUUAAAUAAUGAUAAAACAAUCAACACUUUUGAAAGAUUCAAGACAUUUGCUUUUUGGAUGCAAUCUUUUUGGGCUGGCAUUGAAACCAUUGUAUGUGGAUUUCGUGAUGAAGAGUUUAAUGUUACGGAAAUUAAACAUUAUAAUACUCAUCAACUUUCAAUCAUUGGUAGAAAUCAUUGGAAUCCAAAUGAAUGUAUGUUUGUUGGAUACCAAAUAUUACAAUUUAUAAAAUCAAAUGUUUUAAUGAAUCAACGUUAUAGUUUGCAAUUUAUUCAUCCCAAUAUUGUUUUGUAUCAAUUGGACAAGAGUACUGCUCCUAGUAUAUUACCAAGUGGUUAUCAAGAUUGGUUGGCUCAGUCAACUAAAAAAAAAUAA